UAUUCUCUUGAAUCUGUUUCUCCUUUUUUUCCCAAUCCAAUCCACUUACUUAGGCUAGUUAAAUUUAAUUUUUUAUAUUUUUAUCAUAUUUACUCCUUUUAAUUUAUUUUUUUUGGGAAAAAAACAAAAUAUGAAAAUGUCUACGGUCAUGAGCAAACAAAUACGACCUUUGCUACACACCAACAUCCCAACUAGUGGUGGUGGCGGCGGCGGCCACCUCAAUACCCACCUCCUCCGCCCUCCGCCGCCUCAAAAAGAGAAGGUGGUGGUGGUGAUGGGAGCCACCGGCACGGGGAAGUCGCGGCUUUCGAUCGACCUUGCCACCCGUUUCCCGGCGGAGAUAGUGAAUUCCGACAAAAUUCAAGCUUACGAGGGACUAAACAUAGUGACAAACAAAAUCACCCCCGAAGAACAGCGCGGAGUGCCCCACCACCUCCUAGGAUUAGUAAAUCCCAAUGCGGAUUUCUCGGCUUCGACUUUCUGCGACAUGGCCUCGUUCGCCGUGAGAUCGAUAUCGAGUCGCCGGAAGCUUCCAAUCAUUGUGGGAGGCUCGAAUUCCUAUAUCGAAGCCCUAGUGGACGACGGAAGUCACGAGUUUCGAUCGAGGUACGAAUGUUGUUUUUUAUGCGUCGAUGUCUCGAUUCCCGUGCUCCACUCGUUCGUGUCCAAUCGAGUUGAUUUGAUGGUUGAGAUGGGAAUGGUGGAGGAGGUAAGAAGUUUUUUCGACUUAUCUGGAAAUUACUCAAAUGGGAUAAGGAGAGCUAUCGGGGUUCCGGAGUUUGAUCGAUACUUCAGAAUGGAAGGUUUUGUAAAUGAACAAGUUCGUGUACGGAUGCUUCAAGAAGUGAUAAGGGAGAUCAAGGGUAAUACUCGGAAGCUCGCGACUCGGCAACUCGACAAAAUUUACCGCCUCCAAAAUGUGAAGGGGUGGAAGUUGCACCGGCUCGACGCUACUGACGCCUUCCGAAAGCACGGCAAAGAGGCGGACGAGGCAUGGGAGCACCUCGUGACGGGACCUAGCUCUGUAAUUGUGAGCCGCUUCCUUCACAAUCUUGACAAUGCAGCUGCCCUUAGGCCAUCGCCAAUCACCACAAUGACGGCGGUCAUGACAGGUGCAAGUGUCUAGCUACUUAGAUAUUUUAGUCAAAAAGUCAAUUGUCACAUUACUCUCUUUACUUUCUUGCAUAUCUUUUCGUAAAAAAUUAUUAAAAUAAUAUAUUUCCCAACGAGGCUUCAGUUUUUUUUUUUCUUUUUCCUUAAGUAAUGCAAAAAGGAUCCAUAUAUAUGUGAUUUCGAGGCUUGUAUUUAAAUUUGUCUCUUAUUCUCAAAAAAUUUCUGUCCUUACUUCAGUACAUUACAAUGCUGUCAAAAAAUGUUUCUUAGCUUCAAAACUUGCAGGAU